GUUCCAAUUUUCGUUUUGUUUCUGUUCUAUUUCUACCCCAAUUUCAGUUUAUGUGAAUUUGAUCAUACACGAGGAAAAAGGGCAGAGAAAAAAAAAACAAAACUCAGCUAUAAAAAAAGUAAAUAAGAAAAGAUUUUUUGAGUGAAGAAAAACAGUAUGCGGAGCAGGAUUAGACAUAUGAGAAUUUUGCAGGAGGAUAAUGAAGUGCUUGCGCUCAGGGGAGCCAUUAGGAGGAGCAGAUGAAAUGUUUCCUUCAUCUGAAUCUCUUGCAACCAAGAAUUUUUCAGCAAGUGGACAUUCUUGCCUUGACAAGAAGCUGGACACUGGCAAUAUAGAAGAAGCUGAAUCAUCCUUGCGUGAGAGUGGUGUCCUGAACUAUGAGGAAGCUAGAGCUCUGCUAGGAAGAUAUGAAUAUCAGAAAGGAAAUUUUGUAGCUGCUUUACAUGUCUUUGAGGGAAUAGAUAUAAGUAUUGUGACUCCUAAGAUCAAAAUUGCCCUUUCCAGAAGCAGAGAACGCAAUAAGAAACAUUCCCAUAAUCAUGCUGAACCGCAAAUGUCUAUACAUGCUAUCGGCUUACUAUUGGAAGCAGUCUUCCUAAAAGCAAAAUCUUUGCAGGUUCUUGAAAGGUUUAAAGAAGCUGCCCAAUGUUGUAAAGUUAUUCUGGACAUAGUAGAGUCUUCAUUGCCUGAAGGCUUGCCUGAUAACUUUGGUGCUGAAUGUAAAUUGCAGGAGACCCUGAGCAAGGCAGUUGAGCUGCUACCAGAAUUAUGGAAACUUGCUGAUUGUCCACGUCAAGCUAUUUUGUCUUACCGACGAGCACUCCUUCAUCAAUGGAAUCUUGACGUAGAGAAUACAACAAAGAUUCAGAAAGAAUUUGUUGUUUUUCUUCUACAUAGUGGAGGAGAAGCAGCACCCCCUAAUCUCCGUUCUCAAAUGGAUGGCUCAUUUGUACCUAGAAACAAUAUAGAAGAGGCUAUACUUCUUUUAAUGAUUUUGUUAAGAAAAGUCUCUCUAAAUAGAAUUGAAUGGGAUCCUUCAAUUUUAGACCACCUUUCAUUUGCUCUGUCUAUUUCAGGAGAUUUGACAGCUUUAGCCAAUCAAUUGGAAGAAUUGCUCCCCGGGACUAUCCCUCGGAGAGAAAGUUACCAUUCUCUAGCUCUUUGUUAUUAUGGAGCAGGUAGGGACUUGGUAGCACUGGAUCUUCUCAGAAAAUUGCUGAGUAGUAGAGAGGACCCAAAACAUGUUCCAGGUUUGUUAAUGGCUUCUAAGUUAUGUUCUGUGAACUCUAGUCUUGCAGAAGAAGGGGUAAGCUUUUCUCGCAGAGUGAUUGAGAACUUGGAUGGCAGAUGUAAUCAGUUAGAAAAUGUUGCCAAUUUCUUUCUUGGUGUUUCGCUUUCAGCACACUCAAAAUUGGCCGUUUCUGAUUCUGAGAGGUUUAAGAGACAAUAUGAAGCACUUCAUGCCCUGGAAACUGCUAGCAGAAUGACAAGAAUGAGAGACCCCCUUGUACUAUACCAUCUCAGUUUAGAAUAUGCAGAGCAAAGGAAGUUGGAUACUGCACUUUAUUAUACAAAGUGCUUUUUAAAACUGGAAGGUGGUUCUAAUGUUAAAGGUUGGUUAUUGUUAACUCGGAUAUUAUCAGCUCAAAAACGGUUUUUGGAUGCUGAAUCUAUUAUCAAUGCCGCUUUAGAUCAGACUGGGAAAUGGGAUCAGGGUGAUUUGUUGCGAACAAAAGCUAAACUUCAAAUUGCACAGGGCCACUUAAGGAAUGCCAUUGAGACGUAUACUCAGCUUCUUGCUGUUCUUCAAAUUCUGAGUAAAAGUUUUGGUUCCGGGAAGAAGCUAUAUAAGGACAAUAGAGAUCGUGCUAGGAACUUGGAAGUGGAAAUAUGGCACGAUCUUGCUAAUAUAUACAUCAGUCUUUUACAGUGGCAUGAUGCGGAGGUGUGUCUUUCAAAAUCUAAGGCCAUCAAACCAUACUCUGCUUCUAGAUGUCAUGCAUUAGGUAGAAUGUAUGAAGCAAAGGGCCUUUACAAAGAGGCUCUAAAAGCUUUCCGUGAUGCUUUGGACAUUGAUCCUGGCCAUGUCCUCAGCUUAAUCUCCACCGCCGUAGUUCUUAGACGAUGCAGUGAUCAAUCAAAUCCUGCAGUAAGAAUCUUUCUGAUGGAUGCAAUACGGCAUGAUAGAUUGAGUGCUUCUGCUUGGUAUAAUCUUGGCCUUCUUCACAAGGCUGAGGGUACAGUGUCAUCAUUAGUAGAAGCUACAGAAUGUUUUCAGGCAGCACACUUUCUUGAAGAAUCUGAACCGGUUGAAACUUUUAGAUGAAUGAUUGAUUCUAUAUAUAUAACUCAAGGGGUUGGUCUAGUGCUAGAAACAAGCUUGUGAUGCAUGGUUAUCCUAGCUAUACUUAUUUCUUGGGGUUAGAUAACAAGGAAUUUUUCCUGUGAGUGAGGAAUAAAUCUUUGUAAGGCUCUUGUCUAGGCAUUGACGAUUUGUUUUUGACCUUAUAAACAUAAUGAAGCAGUAGUACUAAAGAUUUAUUCGUGA